AGAAUUGAGAACUUUUAAAGUUUUGGCCCAAGCGAGGGGGUAUGGGGGUGUCAUUUGAGCUCCUCCCCUUAUGUGCCAAACUGUUCUGGGCCGACCCAGACUCUCCCCGCUUUGCUUCCUAGGCAGGGCAACUACUGUUCUGCACACAGCCAGGCAGGCGAGGCACUGCGGCUGGCUGGUGGGUGUUUGCGGUGGCUCAGAGACCUGCGAGGGGCUGGCCCAGGGCAGCUGAGUGACAGGCGGCUAAGAAAGGGGGCAGGGCGGGGCGGGGAGCGAAGGAACUCGUGUCGGAGCGAGCAAGUCCUGCCCAGCUGUUUGCGAAGUUUUAAGAUUUCCUGUUUCCCUCGCGGCGCUGAAGCGAAGCGGAGUGAGUCAGCCCGGCCGCGCGGAGUCCCGGAGCAGCCUGCCCAGCCACAGCUGCCGCCGCGGCCUCGCCUCUCUCCCCGGCCGGCCCGGGGUGCAGCCCUCACCCCCCCCCCCCCUCCGGUCAGCAGAGGAGCCCGACUUCUUGCUUCGGCUUCCUAUGCGGAGCGGGCUAGACCAUGAGCCGGGAUCGCCUCCGGAGCCUGUGGCUGCUGCACGCUUGCUCGUGUUGGGCGCUCGUCGGCAGCACCAUCCCCCCUCAGCCGCGGGGCUCAGAACAAGAAAGUAAUUUGGCUGCAGCGUUUGGGACUCCCUGGAGCCUAGAGAGUAAUGAUUUCAGGAGGCCAUGGGAAGAGGGAAGUUCCAGAAUUCCAGAAUGCUGGGACAUGAUCAAAGCUGAUGGUCUCUUGCCUAUAGAACAAAUGAAGGAAAAUGAAUACAAACUGCAUGCGCUGUGCAAAUUCUGUGAUGUGGAGGUGACAACCUGCACACACCAAGGUCACUGCAAAAGCAACUGCAACCGCACUUCCAUCUGUGAGAGUAAGAAUGAAGUCUGUGUAGCAGUAUGGAGACAGAAUGAUGCAAACACAACUUUAGAAACAAUAUGUCAUGAUCCUGCUCUGCCAGUCUCUGGACAGAAAUUGGAGGAGCCUGGCUCAAAACAAUGUGUGAUGAAAGAGAAGAAAGAAGUUGGUGGACUGCUGUUCAUGUGCUCUUGCAAAGAGGAAGAAUGCAAUGAUGAGAUCAUCUUUUCAAAAGAUCCCCCAGACACAGAUGACACUGUUACAGUGAUGCUUAAAAGUCUCAUCCCAUUACUCGUGAUCACCAUUGCUGUGAACAUUAUCUUUUAUGGCUACCGUAUUCAUAGGAGAAGGAAGCUCAACAUGGCGUGGGAGAAGAAUGUAAAGCCCAGGAAACAUAAGGACUGCAGUGAUGCUUGUGCUAUUAUGAUAGACGACGACCGCUCAGACAUCAGCUCCACCUGUGCCAACAACAUCAACCACAACACCGAACUGCUGCCCAUCGAGCUAGACACCCUCGUGGGCAAAGGCCGAUUUGCCGAAGUGUACAAGGCCAAGCUGAAGCAAAACACAUCUGAGCAGUUUGAAACCGUGGCUGUCAAGAUCUUCCCCUAUGAAGAGUAUGCCUCCUGGAAGAUGGAGAAAGACAUUUUUUCAGAUAUAAACCUCAAGCACGAGAACAUCCUCCAGUUCCUGACAGCAGAGGAGCGUAAGACAGAGCUAGGGAAACAAUACUGGUUGAUCACCGCCUUCCAUGCUAGAGGGAACUUGCAGGAAUAUCUCACACGGCACAUCAUCAGCUGGGAGGACCUAUGGAAGCUAGGUGGGUCUUUGGCUCGAGGGAUUGCCCACCUGCAUAGUGACCACACGCCUUGUGGUCGACCCAAAACACCCAUUGUGCACAGAGACCUAAAGAGCUCCAAUAUCCUAGUGAAAAAUGAUCUAACCUGCUGCCUCUGUGACUUUGGGUUAUCCCUGAGGCUCGAUCCUACUCUGUCUGUGGACGAUCUGGCUAACAGUGGGCAGGUUGGCACAGCGAGAUACAUGGCCCCUGAAGUCCUGGAAUCCAGGAUGAAUUUGGACAACAUUGAAUCCUUCAAGCAAACGGAUGUGUAUUCUAUGGCUUUGGUCCUGUGGGAAAUGACGUCUCGUUGUAAUGGUGUUGGAGAAGUGAAAGACUAUGAACCCCCAUUUGGUUCUAAAGUACGAGAGCACCCUUGUGUUGAAAGCAUGAAGGACAAUGUCUUGCGAGAUAGAGGGCGUCCAGAGAUCCCUAGCUCCUGGCUCAACCACCAGGGUAUCCAGAUGGUGUGUGAGACUCUUAUUGAGUGUUGGGAUCACGACCCCGAAGCCCGGCUCACUGCGCAGUGCGUGGCUGAGCGUUUCAAUGAGCUUGAGCACCAGGACAGACUCUCAGGAAGAAGUUGUUCAGAGGAGAAAAUCCCAGAAGACUGCUCUGUGACCACCACCAAGUAGCAACCAGCUUAGGCUUGCGUAAAGGAGGGAGGUUGCUCCUGAACUCAUGCAGCUUGGAAAAAGAAGAGGUCCUGAUCAAUGCCUGGACUUGCUUCCUGAAGUACUGAGGAUCUUGCCACUCCUUUUAAGUGGUGUCUCCGCAGAGGGACAAGAAUUUGUGUGAACCAAAAAUAGGGAGUUGGUGUCAUACCGUGGCUGCCUUAGAUCUUGUCAUGGCUAAGCUGUGUUAGCACUUCCUCAGGAAACAAGAUUUGACAAUAGCCAAUAAUAUUUGCACUUUAUUAAUGUCUGUAUAUAACUACAGAAUAGCUAUUCUUAUAUAUACAGCCAUACUCUGGAAAGAGUAAAAUGUGCUUCCAGGAAACUACCAGUACCUAAAUGGGCAGGGUUCUCCUUAGGAAACAAAGGGAGAGGUCUCUCAUGAUACCAGCAACAACAUGCUAGGCACCUCACCAAAUGCAUAGGAACAAUAGGCAAUAGAAAGGUGGCUUUCAAAUCAUAUAUCUGUACAUAUCCUGCUGUUGCCUUGCUGCUCUGUAUUUUAGAGAGCUUAUUCACAGCAGAUAGACAGAUUUGGCCUCAGAGUCUGUUUCAGUUCUGCAGUAACUAUGCAAUCAGUUCUGCAGCUGGUUUCAAAAGGUUUAGUAUGUAUUGUUCAGUGGGUCACCAAUGCGCUCAGAGGCUCAACUAUGUUCCUCAAAAUAUUCCAAAAGAGAGGGGUUGUGUUUUUAACUCUUAACGUGUCUCCAUACAAAGUCAUUCUCCCUUAUAUGUUUAUUGCUUUGAAUUUACACUUCAUGCUAGCAGGCUGCAAAAUAUCAGAGGAACACGUUUCCUUCCCCCCAUCCUAGGAAAUCAGGCAAGACCGAUGCUAAUCCAGAUGUUUUGCAUUUGCUGUACAUUCUGAUGAAAGGCAGUACUUCUUUUUUUUUUUUUUUUUACUCUUCAUGUAUUGAUCUAAAAACACUCUUUUUAUACAUAGCAUGUCUAAUUUCUUGACACACAAGAAAAGCUAGAGGGAGGUCAGACCAAAGGUCCAUCUAGUCCAGUAUCCUGUCUUCCAGCAGGGGCCAAUGCCAGGUGUCUCAGAGGGAACGAACAGAACAGGUAAUCAUCAAGUGAUCCAUCCCCUGUCGCCCACUCCCAGCUUCUGGCAAACAGGCUAGAGACACCAUCCCUGCCCAUCCUGGCUAAUAGCCAUUGAUGGACCUAUCCUCCAUGAACUUAUCCAGUUCUUUUUUCAGUUUUUCUUAGUUCAGACUCUUUCAUGCCUUAUUUGCAAAAGCUAGGAAAGAACGUUAAUGUCCUCCAUUUCUGAAUUCCUAUGCAGCUCUGGGUGCAGUGGGAACACUUUAACAUAAGAUUGUCACGUACUGCACAUACACAGUAGUUAGAGCUGCUCCCAGCUAUUCAGUAUAACUAGCAAAAAAUGUACAUUCCAAAAUUCACCCAUCAGACAUUGCUUACAUUCUUCUAGCCCUCCAAGAGGUUGAGAUUUGAAGUUGGCCUCAUAUUGGACUUUAAAGUAAAGCUAUCAGCGGUCAGUAUUUCCUACCAGUUUUGUCUUCAGGUGUCUUCUGUGAUCUUCUCACAGAGGAGUAAAAUGUACCAUGGAAAUUAACAAAACAAUUCUCCAUUAAUAAACAGAGAGAGAGAGAAGUGUGUCCAGUGCAAUUAUAAAAGCCUUUGUCAGACAGACAUUGAUAUUUUUCUAGGAGACUGCUUUAUAAAUCAAUAGGAAACAUGUUUAUUCACAUAGAAGUUAAGAUUUAUGGUGAAAAUAUUUUAUUUAAAAUGUUUUUGUAUCUGCUUUUAUAAUAAACUACAUAGAGAUAUUUAAAGAGUGGUGCAGAAAGUCAACAACUAAAACUGGAUUCAGAAAAUACUAUGCUGGAUUUUAUAGGGGGACUAUUUUAGCUUGAAUGGUGGCGCUAUGGGAAAAAGGAAUACUGCUUAGCUACUUUGUGCUGCAAACAUCAAUAACAUUGUUACUAUAAAUGCCGUUUGGUGUGUUGAUGUAUCAUCUAUGCAGAGCUAUGGCCCAUUGACCUCUAGUGGUGGGUUUGGAGAAUGCAUUCCAGUAACUGCCUGGAGAGGAAAAGCAAGCCAUUUUCACAAACUGGAUAGUAGCAUAAGAUUGUAUCAUGGCCUGUUUUUCCUCACUCCAGGGUAGAGGCCAAGGAAUAACAUCCAGUAGUCCCUGACACUACUGACAUUUUUACUACUACAUGUAAAGGGAAUUUUUUAUUCUUCUAAGGAGUAUUUCACCUGUCCAUCAUGUAUGAAAUAGGAAUGUGGAUAUAUACUCUUCUUUAUCAAAUGUUUCAUGCACUUAUUUUCAUUUUAAACAGUGUUUGUUUUGUAUAAAUCAAAUGUUUAUUAGAGCAAAUAAAACUACUAGAGACUUUU